AUGACAGCCGGAGCCCCGAAUGUUUUGACACCAUUCUUCAAGGAAUUGGCCAAAAAAGAACUCGGAGAGACAUCGGAGCACGUGCCGGCGCAUUUAGUCAGUUUCAAGCGAUGGCUUGCCACAUCACCACACUUGAAGGUGCCGCAGAAUGACGACUUUUUAUUGAGCUUCCUUCGAUAUGCCCACUAUGACCACGCGACUGCACAAAAGAGGCUAGAUAAUUUUUGCACUCUAAGGUGCUCGGACAGUCACACAUCUCAGUGGUAUGAUUACCCAAAUUUGGAUGACCCAAUCUUGGACGUUUAUUUAAACGCUGGGUAA